AUGGCAACCUCCACGGAGGACCUCGAGCAGCGUCUGGCGCGCAAAAGGCAGUUCAGCGAGUUCCUGGAAUGGGAGGACCGUGAUGGCUGGUCGCUCAAGGCCCAGAUUGAUCAGUCCAUGGUGCAGCGCAAGGGGGAGGCGAUCGUGGGCCUCAAGACCACCAGGUUUGACGUCCCCAACCACCGCCUCAAGGCCUGGAACGAGCCCGUCCAGCGGCAGCUGCUGCAGGCGCCCGCCGACUUCAUCCCCGGCUUCCAGGACGCGAUCCGCGACUACAUCCGGGGCCUGGACGCCACCAGGGCGCUCACUGAGAACGCGGAGAUCCAGGUCGGGGUCAGCGGCGAGUUUGGGGAGCUGGAGCUGUCCCCCAGGGAGCUGGCGUCGACACAGCUGGGCAAGCUCGUCAAGGUGUAUGGCAUCGUGACCAAGUGCUCCCUGGUGCGCCCCAAGCUGGUCAAGAGCGUGCACUUCUGCCCCGACAACGGCCUCGUCACCAGCCGCGACUACCGUGAUGUCACCUCCCUGGUCGGGCUGCCCACCGGCGCGAGCUACCCUACGCGCGACACCGACGGCCACCUGCUGGUGACGGAGUACGGCCGCUGCCGCUACCGCGACAACCAGGUGGUCACCAUACAGGAGCUGCCAGAGACGGCGCCGCCGGGGCAGCUGCCGCACUCGGUUGACGUCAUCCUUGAGAAUGACCUGGUGGACGCCGUCAAGCCCGGGGACAGGGUGGCCAUCGUGGGCAUAUUCAGGCCGCUGCCGGGCCAGGCCAACGGCAUGACCAGCGGGGUGUACAGGAGCGUGGUGGUGGGCCUGAGCGUGGAGCGCCUCACGCAGGACAAGGUGCGGUGGGCCCCCGACGACAUCGCCAACAUCCAGGCCAUCGCAAACAGGCCGUGGGCGCUGCAGCUGCUGGCCAAGAGCCUGGCGCCGUCCAUCUACGGCCACCAGCGCAUCAAGGAGGGCCUCGUGCUCAUGCUCAUGGGGGGCAUGGAGCGAUACGUCAACAACACACACAUCAG